AUGCAGCUACAAUCUGCUCCGUGCCUUCAUGAAAAAGAAAAGCUCUCAACUAUUCCGACUGCUGGAAAUCCAGCGGCAAGUACUCGUCGAACUGCGCUUUUCAACAGCUUUCAUCUAGCGCUUUUUGAAUCAGCGAAAAAAAAGAUCGCAAAGUUGCGUUUCAAGAAGACAAGUUUUGGUAUUCAUGAUGGGAGCGGAGGUCAUCUUGUCGUUUCAACCUGCUCUUACAAUGGCUGUCGCCAACGGCGAUUAAAAAAUUACAAGGUGUUAUGGACUGCUGCUUUAGCAUUGCAAUCUGGGGCUGACUGA